AUGGUACGAGCUAGCUUGAUGACUCUUCUUCUAAUCCAUGUUCUCAUAUUUUACUGUUCUUGUAGCAUACAAUUUUGUAACGCCAUAGACACAAUUACAUCAACUCAACCCGUCAACGACCCUGAAACUAUAGUCUCCAGUGGCGCCACCUACAAACUGGGAUUUUUUAGUCCCGAUAAUUAUACUAACCGGUAUGUUGGUAUCUGGUACAAUGAGAUCUCUGUGAAGACUGUGGUAUGGGUCGCCAAUAGAGAUAAACCUCUUAAUGACUCUUCCACGACUCUGAUAAUAUCCGAGGAUGGCAACCUUGUGGAGAUGAAAAUUAGUACCAACAGGUUUACAGAUAAGAAGACUCAGCUGACCUCAUGGAAAAGCCCUACAGAUCCAUCCACUGGAAAGUUCACUUCUGGCAUCAAUCCUCUGAAUAUUCCAGAAAUUUAUAUAUGGAGUGGUAGUUAUUCGUACUGGCGCAGUGGUCCAUGGAAUGGCCAGUCUUUUAUUGGCAUACCUGCAAUGUUUCCUGUAUACAAUAAAAUAUAUGAAUUUGUAGACGAUAAAAAAGGAAAUGUAAUUUUAAGUUACAAUUAUGUAAAUGAGUCUUCUCUGUCAUACCAUUCCUUGAGUUCUAAUGGAACUCUUGCGAGGAAGCAGAAGAGAAAAGGAGAGGAGACUUGGGAAAAUACGUGCUCGUCACCAAAAACUGAAUGUGAUGUUUAUGGCAAGUGUGGUCCUUUUGGAAGCUGCAAUGUGAAGGGUUCACCAAUUUGCACCUGUUUACAAGGGUUUGAUCCAAAGGAUAUGGAGGAAUGGAGUAAAGGAAAUUGGACCGGUGGAUGUGUAAGGAGGAGACAAUUGCAGUGUAACGCUGGUGGUGGAAAGGGCAAAGAAGAUGGGUUUCUAAAGUUAAAGACAGUGAAAGUGCCGGCCUUGGUUGAGUUGGUUUUUGCUGCUGAAGAUGAAUGCAAAAGCCAGUGCUUGAAUAAUUGUUCUUGUAUAGCACAUGCGUAUUGUAGUGGCAUUGGUUGUAUGCAGUGGAGUGGAGACUUAAUUGACAUACAGAAAUUUUCCUUUGGUGGAGCAGAUCUGUACAUUCGUAUCGCAUAUUCAGAACUUGGAAGGAAGAAAAAAAGAGAGAUGUUGCUGCCUAUGAAAAGGAAAGUGAAUCCAUAUCGUUUGAAUGAAAGCUUGCAUGGAGACAAUCUAAACAAAGUUAAACUCGGAGAGCUACACAUUUUCAGUUUUGAGAUGCUGGAAAUUGCAACAAACAAAUUUGAUGUCGCCAAUAAGCUCGGGCAAGGUGGUUUUGGUCCAGUGUACAAGGGAAAAUUGCCAUCUGGACUAGAUAUAGCUAUUAAACAGCUUUCAAGAUCCUCCGAACAAGGGCAGGAGGAGUUUAUGAAUGAUGUUGUGGUGAUUUCUCAACUCCAACAUCGUAAUCUAGUUAGACUUCUUGGCUUCUGUGUGGAAGGAGAAGAAAAGAUGUUGAUUUAUGAAUACAUGCCAAAUAAAAGCUUAGAUGGAUUUCUCUUUGAUUGGAGAAAACGUGCCAGCAUUAUUGAAGGGAUUGGUCGUAGCCUUCUUUACCUUCACAGAGAUUCCAGAUUAAGGAUUAUUCACAGAGAUCUUAAGACGGGUAACAUUCUGUUGGAUGAAAAUCUAAAUCCAAAAAUUUCAGAUUUUGGCACGGCAAAGAUUUUUGGGGGUAACCAAGAACAAGCCAACACUAGAAGGGUUGUUGGAACCUACUUCGGAGUAUUGUUGUUAGAGAUUGUAAGUGGAAAAAAGAACACUAGCUUUUAUAAGGAUGAGCACUCUUUAACCCUUCUAGGAUUUGCCUGGAAAUUGUGGAAUGAAGAUAGGAUUGAAAUGCUAAUAGAUCCAACAAUUUCUGAUCCAUGCUUUCAAGUUGAGAUCUUGAGAUACGUACAUGUAGGACUGUUGUGCGUGCAAGAAUUCGCAACUAAUAGGCCAACUAUUUCUACUGUUCUUUCAAUGCUUAGUAGUGAAAUUGCUAAUCUUCCAACUCCGAAGCAACCUGCAUUUACUGAAAUAUUGGGCCUCUCAAACAAACGAUCUUCUCAAAUGACCCGAAGAAGGAGAUUUUCUACAAACAAUGUAACUCUAACAAGCAUUGAUGCCCGUUAG